AUGGAAGUCAACAUUACUCCUUGGCAGGUCACAAGGCUCCUUGCCAUUCUCACUGUGACUCCUGUGUUGGUUUUGGUUCUGCAGUACCUGUACGGGGUUUUCCGGGCGCUUAGGUCCCCUUUGCGCCAUAUUCCGGGGCCGUGGUAUAGCCCCUUCACCACUCUACACUUGCGGUAUGGCUUUGCUACCGGGAAGAUCUGGAAGCUUGUGGAGCAGAGCCACAAAACCUACGGACCUAUUGUUCGCCUUGGGCCUCGCCAGGUCUGGAUCUCGGACAAAGAGGCUAUGAAGCAGAUCCUACUCAAGGUCGAUCUACCUAAAGUGGCGAUGUACGCUGAAAUCUCUCGAGACAGACGAAGUCCUGGCCUCUUUGGGGAAAUCCGGCCCAUGCCACACAAAAGGCUCAAGCGCUUUCUAUCGCCCGCUUUCACAGUCUCCUACGUCGACAACUUAGACGUCUUCUUCGCUAAGACGAUCAGGAGCUUGCUUGACAAGUACCAGGCCAGUAUUAGCCCUGUUGACCCGGCCCGGAGCGGGUAUGAGGUCGACUUGAUGGACGAUCUUCAUAAUGUGGCUCUCGAUAUUAUGGGCGAGUGUUCUUUUGGUAGAGGGUUUGGACAAACGAAUCCAGACGGUGAGAUUGAAGAUGGCGUUGAUGAGAAGGUCUGGAAGUCGAUUCCUAGGUCCAUUUUCGAUGGACUCAGUAAGAGAUACCAGACAGUCUAUAUCAAGAGAUUUCUCAGGGCAAUGGGGUUGGAUGUCAACUUUGACUGGCCCAAAGAGAUGAUCGUGGUAAGACCUCCCCCAGUUGAACACCUGGGAUACAUGUUCAGGAAAAGGCUAACGGGGUUGGCGCAGGCGAUCGAUGCCGUCGUCCAGAAGCGCCAUCGGAGCGCCGAUUUCGCUCGACCCGACUUGCUUCAACAUCUCGUGGAUGAGGGCCAGAAGCCCGAUACACUCACUACCAUGAACACGCGUGACAUUGUGGACCAGAUGUCAGAGGUCCUCCUUGCGGGCUCUGAGACCACCUCUGGCACAACUGCUUGCCUGUUUCUUGAGCUGGCGCGGAACCCAAGCGUGCGAGCCCGGCUGCUAGACACGCUGCCUGUCUUGGACAUGAAUGACGACAUCGUCACUUCAAAGUCCGUCAGGAACGAGCCACAGUUCACAUACCUCGAGGCAUGCAUCAAAGAGACUCUCCGUCUACACCCCAUAGCGUCUGAAAUGGGUCGCCGCACCGGAGACCAGUGGGUCAAACUCGUGGGAUAUGACCUUCCUCCCCAUACCGUGGUUUCGGCAUCCUACCGAGACCUUCACCGCAAUGAGCAGUACUUUCCACAAGCUCUACGCUUUUGGCCCGAGCGUUUCCUUCCUGAAGGAGAGAGGGGAGAGGCACCUCCAGCAGAUAUGGAUGCGUAUUAUCCAUUCUCCGCUGGCAAGCAUUCCUGUAUUGGAAUCAAUUUUGCCUGGGCUGAAAUGAGGAUGAUUGCGGCUAACCUCUUGUCGAGAUUCGAUGUUGUCGAGGUCUCGGGCCAGGAUAUUGACUUCAGACAAUACAUCACCAUGCAAUUUUCCACCGGCCAUUGGAAGGCAAUCCUUAUUCCAAGGCGUCCCAGCCCUGAGGCAGCAUCAGUUUAG